GCCAUCAGUACUCUGAACAAUAGCUCUAAUAAUGACAGUCGCAUGGAGCGCCAGCUGGGAAUGUGAGAUCAGCAGCAGCCCCAGUUCCCCGCGUCCGUGAUUGUGACGCUCUGUUACUUUGUUGCUCUGACGUCGCGGCAGUGCUGUCCAGAGACCGCCACCAGAGGGCGCCGUUUCCUUCCCGGUCUCCCCCUGCAGGCGGCUGGUCCCGUGACUAAUUACAAUGGAACUUUCAGAGUAAACUUUUUACCUUUUCCUGCAAGUCUGGUAUUUGACAGGACGUUGCACGGCAUGGAUGUUGCGGGUUUUGGUGGGGCUCCUGCAAGUUCCGUGGGUGGUUGGAAAAGCGUAAAUUACGCUGGGUUUUGACUUUCUUUACGGCGAUUGUCCUAUCUCCUACCACGCCAGUCGAGACAUUUGUGGGUCUAGUCGGAAAAAUACGAAGGGAAGGCUUUAAAACUGUUACGAAGUAAAGGAGCCCUGCGAUGCGGACUGGGAGCGCCGUGCGCGAGGCGUGCAUCAGGCCCUUGUGAGACCGCCGACCCAUGUGACCUCCGACCUCCGACCUCCGGCCUGUUGCUGCUCAUCUUGACCUGCCCCUGUGCGCGGCUGCCAUGGAAGACCAGGCCAGCUGCCCCAAUGUCAGCAUCCCCUGCUAUAAUGAGCAGAGGGACAAGAAGAAACGCUACACUGUUUACAAAGUAUUGGUGUCUGUCGGAAGAUAUGAAUGGUUUGUGUUCAGGAGGUAUGCAGAAUUUGAUAAGCUCUACAACACGUUAAGGAAACAGUUUCCUUCCAUGAACUUGAAGAUCCCAGCUAAGAGAAUAUUUGGGGACAAUUUUGACCCAGAAUUCAUAAAGCAGAGAAGAAGCGGGCUGCAUGAAUUCAUCCAGAGGCUAGUCUCGCAUCCACAGCUGAGCAUUCAUCCCGAGGUGAGAGACUUUCUGCAGAUGGACAAAGCAAAGAACCUGUCUGAUGCUUCUGAGGAUGAAGAAGAAAAGAAUAAUUCUACCUCCCGCAGUAUUAAUCUGGGUCCAUCUGGAAAUCCUCAUGCAAAACCGACGGAUUUUAACUUCCUAAAAGUUAUUGGCAAGGGGAGCUUUGGCAAGCAAAAACACAUAAUGGCGGAACGCAAUGUACUUUUGAAGAAUGUCAAGCACCCAUUCUUGGUUGGCUUGCAUUACUCAUUCCAGACCGCUGACAAGCUUUACUUUGUCCUGGAUUUCGUCAAUGGGGGAGAACUCUUCUUCCACCUACAAAGAGAGCGGACUUUUCCGGAACCCAGAGCCAGAUUUUACAUCGCAGAGAUGGCAAGUGCUCUCGGCUACCUGCAUUCAUUAAAUAUUGUUUACAGGGAUUUGAAACCCGAAAAUAUUUUGCUGGAUUCCCAAGGACACAUAGUUCUAACUGAUUUUGGAUUGUGCAAGGAGGGCAUUUCCCAAGCAGACACUACGAGUACGUUUUGUGGGACGCCAGAAUAUCUAGCACCGGAGGUCCUGAAGAAGCAGCCCUAUGACAACACAGUGGAUUGGUGGUGUCUUGGCUCUGUGCUGUAUGAAAUGCUGUAUGGCUUGCCUCCAUUCUAUAGCAGAGACACUCAAGAGAUGUAUGACAACAUCCUCCACAAGACGCUGACAAUGCGGCCUGGAGCUUCCAGCGCUGCCUGGUCUAUACUGCAAGGAUUGCUAGAGAAAGACCGGACGAGGAGGCUGGGGUCUAGAGACGACUUUAGCGAAAUUAAAGGACACUACUUUUUUCAUCUGAUCAACUGGGAUGACCUCGAGCAGAAGAAGAUUCCUCCUCCCUUCAGUCCGCAUGUGAAUUCUCCAGAUGAUAUUGGGAACUUCGAUCCGGAAUUUACAGAAGAAAUGGUUCCAAACUCCAUUUGCUAUACUUCCGACCAUUCCAUUGUUAACGCCAGCGUUCUGGACGCAGACGACGCCUUUCUGGGAUUUUCCUACGCCCCGCCUUCCGAGGAUUCCUUCCUGUAGAAGAAAUCAUCGGGGUUCUGGGACUGGUUCUGCAGGCAGGCACUGCUUUCUGCAAAACGUCAACCUCCUGCUCGCAUUAACUGGAGCUGAUACAGCCUUAACUUAUGUAAAUAGAUUUUCCUAAUAGCCAGGAAUUCCUCUCCUGUGUACUGGAUCAACACUUUAGAUCAGGAAGCCAAAAGCAUUCAUCAGAAAAUCACUUCUGGAUAAAGUUUGUACAGCUGGCUGUAGUGAUGCGAGUCCAUCAUUUUAAGAUGAAUCUAUUUAUGUUAAAGAUGAUGAAAAUAUUAGUGAUGAUUAGUAAAGUGGACAUUGUAAAAGUGUAUUGUGGGCAGAGAUUUCUCAGGGAGCUGCCAACUUAUACUCUCUCUUUGUUACAGCCUCUCUCUUCAUGAAUAGCGUCAAAAUGUAAACCAAACACUGUAAGAAAAAAGUACAAGACGAGAACAGAGAAAUCUCUGUUUACACAGUUUAUAUUAAACAAUCGACUUGUAAAUCCCAGGCAUAUAUUUAUGAUUGUAUUCUAUUUUUCUUCUUGGACCAAAGUGAUCACCUUUUCCUAACCAAAAUUGCACACGUCCUUGACCAUCUCUGCUUUAAAUAGAAAGCCUUUGCUUUUUUUCUUGCGAGAUUUCUACUUAAAAUAAGACUUAACACUCUUCAGAAAGCAACAAAAUACAGGUACAUCAAAAUAUAAUUUAUGGGAAAUAUCUCAAUUUCAAGAAAAUUACCUUUAAAAGUUUUAUUUUCAUAGCUUGUACAUUUUCGUUUAAAUAACAACUAAAGUUGAAGGGGCAUGUUUUAUUACUUGCCUGGAAAGUGAAUUUGUAUCUAAUGGAUUUUGCAGCAGCAUUUUUGCAACUACCUUUACUUUACAGUAUUUAUAGAUUUCUGAUUAAUCCUUUGUUGCUUUUUGGAAAGGUUUUGAAUCUAUUUUUCCACUAUAUAAUUUAUAUCCACUCCAUAGCUAUUGAUUCAAAGACAUUAAAUGUCUGUAUUAGAAUUCAUUCCAGCAGAUCCUGUAUGUAGUGGUGGAAGUAGAAUUUUACUCAAAUUAGUGUCAGACAUUUUUUUGUUACGAAAUGUAAAACAUUAGCCCUCUUUGAGUUGUACUGUAAGAUUAAAAUGAUUAUCCUGCGACAAGA